AUGGUGUAUGGUGGCAAACCCAGCACCGGAUGCCACUUGUGUCGCAAGAGAAAGAUCAAGUGUGAUGAGGCACGCCCUGGAUGCCGCAACUGUGGAAUCUAUGGCCGGCCUUGCCCUGGCUAUCGACCUGAUGGGGUCUUUCGCAAUGAGACCUGGAAGAUUGAGCGCCAAGCAAAAAAAGUCAUUCCUCCCCCAUCUAAUAGUCAAAGUGUGACGCCGGACUCUCAGUCGCCUAUAAUUUUUGACCGUCAUGGUGGAAUUCCGAGCAGCAGCAGCAGCAGCGGUUCUUCGUUAUCGUUGAUUUCUAUGGCUGAUUCGACCUGGCAAGAGCGUGCAGUAUGCUAUUUUUUCGAUCAAUACAUAAUUAAUCCUGAGUUCGAAGAUGGGAUGGGUCACUUGGACUACUUACCUGGGUUAUAUACUCAGCUCAACCGGGGGAAGGCAACAUCUCCCUGUCUCUCGUGGGCUAUAGAGGCCACGGCCCUCAUGGCUCUUGGUAAUGUUUCAAAAGCCCCUCAACUUAUAACGAGGGCACGUCGAGGAUAUGGCAAGGCUUUAAGUACCUUACGAGGUGCGUUGGAUUCGCCUACUGAAGCCCUUCAGGAUGAAACUUUUGCCUCUGUCGUUCUUCUAUCAUUAUUUGAAGACGUCUCCGGUGAACGGAAUGGGCUAAAUAGUUCUCACACGGCUGGCUUUGAGUUCCUCAUGAAACUUCGGGGCGAAGGCCAGCUCAAUAAUCGACAGGGUCGCGACAUGUUUAACUUUGCCUAUGCGCAUACGUAUGUCGAAGUCCUUGCACUAGGUGAGAAGCCUAGGGUUGAUGUGGAUUGGAUCCUAGAUCAAUUGGAUAGAGAAGAUCCUAUCCAGCGACUUAUGCUUGCCACAUCCAAACUCAGUCAGCUUUUCUUAGCUAUGCAAUCUACACCCAGUCCACCUAACGUUGAUAUUGUCAAAAAGUGGAUUAGGUUGGGACAGGAGUGCGAUUUCGAAUUAUCUCAAUGGACGCUUCACUUGACCGAUCGUUGGCUACCACUGGUAGUCUACUCCGCCCAAGGUGAGACCCUGAUCACAUAUAACCGAAUUUCGAAUUGUGUGGUCUGGAACUAUUACCGUGCUGCACGUGUUAUGUUACAACAACUCCUUCUCAGCCUCAAUCGAACCCUCUCCAUCGUUAUAAUGAAAGAAAAGCGACCAGGCGAUCCCCUUACUACCAAGUCUACGCCCGAAGAGACCAGUUUGCGAGCACUCGUCAAAGAAAUGACUGCCGAUGUGUGCCGUAGUAUCCCGUUUGCCAUGGCCGAUGUGGAUACCAUGGGCCGACCAACUAUACCGGGCAAGAUAGAGAGGCCCGUCCGAGCCGCUCAGAGUUACGGAUUGAUCUGGCCGUACUGGUAUAUUCUUUCAUGUGGUAUGCCUACGCCACACCAGGUGAAUCUCAUUCGCACCGUAUUAUUUCGGAUUGGAACUACACAAGGGAUCAAUCUUGCCUUGAUUUUAGCACGGGAGGCUCAGCGAAUGCAUAGUGAUGCAAAUUCCUUCCAGGAUCCUCCCCCUCAUAUUGGUGGUGCUGUUGAGUCAAGCCCUGAAAUGUUGUUUUGA